CAAAAAUAAAUGUGCGUGAAACUAUUUUUUGAUUAAUCUACGUAUGAUCUCAGACCAGUCGAAGCAGUUGAAGCGAUAAGUUUAAAAAUUAAAAAUCUUAUGUGCGGCGACUCAGUUUCUUUUUAAAAUUUUGUGGAUCUAGUAGCUUAUUUGUCACUACGUGCAAGAUAGCACCAACCUGUUGCUAUCUUGUAAUCAUUUAAAAAAAAUGUGUUAUCAGUGUAUUCAUGUUUAUAUUCUUAGACCGUUGUGGAAACGGAAGUGGUACGCGAUGACCCUCUUAUUAGGCAUUGUAUCAAUUAUUCUGAUUCAGCAAUUCUUUUUUGCAUCCUACCUUCCUUUGAACCAGACAAAACAUGAUACAUAUUCGAAGGAACUGUAUCGGGAUGCUUUGAGUCGAUGGUAUAACUUUACUGACGAUGUUAUAUGGUAUAAUGAUAAAGUGCAAUCGCCAUCGAAUCCAAGAAAUUGGCAGCGGUAUAUGAUGGAUAUUCGACGGAAUUGGAUAUUGUGGAAAUAUAAUCCGAAUUAUUCAUAUAACCUAGAAAAUCCAGAAAUCGAAGAUCCAUCAAUGGGACAAGCAAGUGUAAUUCGGAAAAUUUUUAAGGAUAAGAAAAAUGGCUUCUUUGUGGAGUGUGGCGCCUACGACGGUGAGACUCGAAGUAAUACCUUGGUACUAGAGCGAUUCCUCGAUUGGAGCGGCCUUCUAAUAGAGGCGGAUCCUUUGAAUUUCAGUAAGAUGCUGCAGAAGAACAGAAAAGCUUACCUGACACCGACAUGUCUUGCCAUUGAGCCAUAUCCUUCGGUGAAUUCCUUCUUGAUGGCUAAUAAUGUAGGGCGUCUUCAUGAACCAAAUGCUUCGGAUAGCCAUUUGCCGAAUUCCCCUGAUGUCGCUCAUAGCGGAAUUCAUGUUUCUGUUCAAUGUUUUCCUUUUAUACAUUUAAUGUAUGCUCUUAAUGUGACCACUGUAAAUUAUUUCAGCCUUGACAUAGAGGGCCAUGAGCUUAAAGUAUUGAAAACUAUCCCGUUUGAUAUGAUAAACAUAGAGACACUUUCGGUGGAAUUUUCCCAUGUUGAGAAUGGGAAAAAGGAACUAAUUGAUUUCAUGGAAUCAAAGGGUUAUUAUGUCUAUUCCUUGGUUGUUAGAUCUGACAAUUUGGCUCAUGAUGUAAUAUUCGUAAAAUACGAUUACGAAAAAACUAAUUUAGUAGAAUAA